GGGUUUCAGAGUGGAGUCGAGAAAAGUGGGGCGACAUGGUAUAAGAAGUCUGCAAGGAGUUUUUGAUAAUGAACGUACAGAAAAUGUAGCACGAAAUAGAGAAGAAGAUUGUGUAACGAACUUAGAAGAUUUGAGAACGUGUUGGGCAAAUUUUUUAAGGCGAAAGUAUUAUCGCCUUAGUCAAGAUUAUAUUGUUGUAUACGAAUUCGAGUGUGGAGAAUAUGAAAAAAUUCAAGAUGGUUGGG